CAACUCCUUCUCGUCCUUCUCGAGUUACUGUGGUGUGUGUUGCACAAGCUACUUCGCCGAUCACCUCCUAUUUUGAGCAUUUUUCUCUGCAAAAAUGGCAUCAAGGACAAAAGCAAGCGAACAACUAUCUGAUUAUGCACAAAGUCAAAACGGKSAGCGCCAGUGUCUAACAACAAGUGCUGGUGUGCCCGUGGACACCAAUACCUCAACAAUGACUGUUGGUCCACGUGGUCCCAUUUUGAUGCAGGACACCCAAUACAUGGAUGUGAUGUCUCACUUUGACAGGGAAAGGAUCCCUGAACGUGUUGUCCAUGCUAAGGGUGGUGGUGCUUUUGGAUAUUUUGAAGUCACUCAUGAUAUCACAAAGUACUGUAAAGCUAAGAUCUUUGAGAAAGUUGGCAAGAAGACAGACUGUGUUGUCAGGUUUUCUACUGUAGGUGGUGAAUCUGGCAGUGCUGACACUGUACGUGACCCUCGUGGAUUUGCUUGRAAGUUCUACACUGAAGAUGGCAACUGGGAUCUCGUUGGCAACAACACUCCUAUCUUCUUCAUCAGGGAUCCUAUUCUGUUUCCCAGCUUCAUCCACACUCAAAAAAGAAACCCUGUCACUCACUUGAAGGACCCUGACAUGUUCUGGGAUUUCAUCACCCUCCGUCCAGAAACCACCCACCAAGUGUCAUUCCUCUUUAGUGACCGUGGCAUUCCAGAUGGACACUCCCAUAUGAAUGGAUAUGGUAGCCACACCUUCAAGAUGGUGAAUGCGGAGGGCAACCCUGUAUACUGCAAAUUCCACCUGAAGACGGACCAAGGAAUCAAGAACAUCCCUGUGGAUAGAGCUACACAGCUUGCUGGCUCCGACCCUGACUACAGCAACAGAGACUUGUACAACCGCAUUGCUGAUGGAAAAUUUCCAUCGUGGACGAUGUCCAUCCAAGUGAUGACUUUUGAGCAAGCUGAGAAGUCUCCCUACAAUCCUUUUGAUCUUACUAAGAUCUGGCCACACAGUGACUAUCCUCUGAUUCCUGUUGGWCGCAUGGUACUAAACAGGAACCCCAAGAACUACUUUGCUGAGAUUGAACAGAGUGCUUUCAAUCCUGCCAGCAUGGUGCCUGGAAUUGAGGCUUCACCUGACAAAAUGUUGCAGGGUCGUCUGUUUUCCUACCAUGAUACCCAUCUUCAUAGACUGGGCACCAACUACACUCAACUGGCUGUGAACUGCCCUUACAGGACCAGGGUCAAAAACUACCAGAGAGAUGGACCUCAGACCUUUGAUAGCCAAGAGGGYGCUCCAAACUACUUCCCUAACAGCUUCAGUGGUCCAUGUGAUGAUCUUAAGUACUCUCCUUCAGCAAUGAAGGUGUCUGGKGAUUGUGUGAGGUACAACACUGCUGAUGAGGACAAUUACUCUCAGGUGACCAAUUUCUGGAAUAACGUUCUGAAUAAGGAAGAGCGACAGCGUCUUGUUGAGAACAUUGGUGGACAUGUCAAGGAUGCAAAGGAGUUCAUUCAGAAACGCUGUGUGAGCAACUUUACCCAGGUCCAUCCUGACUAUGGCAAUGGGAUUGCUAAAGUGAUUGCAAYGCACAGGGCUUCAGCUGCUCCUAUGGCUAAUGCAACCUUGUAAACCGGCCUCUUGCCCGUGAUAGCACCGUGCCUU